ACCCCUUUCCCGUCUGACCCAGGGAGUGAGCGGGCGAGCGCGAGCGCCUGUGGCUGGCUUUGUCCCUCGCCGCUCUCCGUACUCCGAGGCUCCCGGCUCCGCUCUCUGUCGGAGCGCCUCUUUCCAAGAUGGCGGCGGCGGGGCUGGCUCUGCGCGGCCGCGGCUCUGCAGCCGGAGCGUGAGGGAAAGAGGCGGCCGGACCGCGGCCUUCCUCCCUCCCUCUCCUUCCCGCCGGGCCGGGCUGCAGAGGGGCUUCCGGGGGCGCCAUGCCAGCCUGCCUGCACGCAUGAGAGACUCCGCCGCCGCCGCCGCCGCCAUGGAGGAGCCCGAGCCCAAGCGCGGCUCCGACUCGGCCACCACCAGCAGCAGGCAGGAGAUCAGGCCUGAAAAUGUUUCUUGGAAGAUAUCUGAGUCUGAUCCUGAGGAAUUAUCAGAUGAAACAAAUACUGAAACUUUCUAUGGAACGUCUCCUCCUAGCACCCCACGGCAGAUGAAACGCUUAUCAACAAAACACCUAAAAAGUAACGUUGGGAGACCUACCAGCCGUUCUGCUCUGAAAGAAAAGAUGAGCUCACCAAACCAGCUGCCUAACAAAGAGAGUGUCAAAACUGUUGAGAACUCAGAAGAACACAGCUACAAGCAAGGGAAAAAGAUCCGAGCCACCUUAAGGACAACAGAGAGGGAUCACAAGAAAAACGUACAGUGUUCAUUCAUGUUGGAAUCGGUUGGUGGGUCCUUGCCAAAAAAGUCCAUUUUAGAUGUUGAUCUCAAUAAGCCUUACCUCAGCCUUGGCUGCAGCAAUGCAAAGCCUCCAGUAUCUGUACCUGUGCCUAUAGCCAAAACCACACGGCAGACUUCCCGAACUGAUUACCCAGCCGACCGCCUGAAGUUCUUCGAAACCCUACGGCUUUUGUUAAAGCUUACCUCAGUUUCCAAGAAAAAGGACAAGGAGCAAAAAGGCCAAGAAAGCACUUCCUCUGUUGAGUUAAACCGAUCCAAUGAAUUGAUCUGGCUUGAACUACAAGCUUGGCAUGCAGGCCGGACUAUUAACGACCAAGAUUUCUAUUUGUACACAGCCCGUCAAGCCAUCCCAGAUAUUGUCAAUGAAAUUCUUACUUUCAAAGUGAACUAUGGGAACCUUUCUUGUAUAGAAAAUGGAGCCAGUCUUAAUGGUACAUCGGGAAGACUGUGUAAAGCAGCCUAUGGAGCUAGUGCUGUGGGCUACUCAAGCUACCAUGAACACCUCCAUCGACAGCGGGUCUCGUUUGAACAAGUAAAGCGGAUAAUGGAGCUGCUAGAAUAUGUAGAAGCACUUUAUCCAUCUCUGAAGGCCCUUCAAAGUGACUAUGAAAAAUACGCUGCAAAGGAUUUUCAGGACAGGGUGCAGGCACUCUGUCUUUGGUUAAACAUUACAAAAGACUUAAACCAGAAACUAAGGAUUAUGGGAACUGUUUUGGGCAUCAAGGAUCUCUCUGACAUUGGCUGGCCAGUGUUUGAAAUCCCCUCUCCUGGUCCGUUCAGGGAUAUGGACCCAGAAGAUGAGGACAGGGAAACUUCAGGGGCUUGCACAGAGGAAAGCGAAGAUGAAGAAGAAAUCUCAGAGGAGAGUGUGGAGGAACUCAGACAAGCCAUCCAGAAUAAUUUUCCUAGUAGGCCAAAUUUUGACUUUGAGGCACAGGAUCAUUUGUCCAGAAAGUUUGACAGGCUUGAAUCCGAGGAUGACUCAACCUGCUGGGUUGUCACAGAGUGCAGUGGUGAGGCCGGCUGCAGCAGACACUGUUUGACCUCUAUUUAUAGACCAUUUGUAGAUAAAGCACUGAAACAAAUGGGGUUACGAAAGCUAAUUUUAAGACUGCACAAGUUAAUGCAUGGUUCCUUACAAAGGGCCCGAAUGGCAUUGAUAAAGAAUGAUCAGCAGUUGGAGUUUUCAGAAUAUCCAGAUCCCAUUUUAUGUUCAGAUUACGUGCAGUUGUCAAAUUCUCCGCCUUCUUCAGAUCAAAAAUGCAGUACUGUGUCAUGGGAAGAACUGAAAGCCAUGGAUUUACCAUCUUUUGAGCCGGCAUUUCUAGUUCUUUGCCGAGUCCUCCUCAAUGUUAUCCAUGAAUGUCUCAAAUUAAGAUUGGAACAACGACCUGCAGGGGAGCCAUCUCUCUUGAGUAUUAAGCAGUUAGUACGAGAGUGUAAAGAGGUCCUGAAGGGUGGUCUGCUAAUGAAGCAAUAUUAUCAGUUUAUGUUACGCGAGGUGUUAGAUGAUUUACAGAAGAACAACUGCAACAUCGACUCUUUUGAAGAAGAUCUGCAUAAGAUGUUAAUGGUAUAUUUUGAUUAUAUGCGAAGCUGGAUCCAAAUGCUGCAGCAGUUACCUCAGGCAUCUCAUAGUUUAAAAAAUCUCUUGGAAGAAGAAUGGAAUUUCACCAAAGAAAUUACUCCUUAUAUACGAGGAGGUGAAGCUCAAGCUGGAAAACUGUUCUGUGACAUUGCAGGUGUGCUGCUAAAAUCAACAGGAAUCUUUCUGGAUGCUGGCUUACAAGUGAGCUGUGCCGAGUUUUGGGCUAGUGCUGAUGAUAGUUCUGCUUCAGAUGAAAUCAGGAGGUCUGUUAUAGAGACCAGCCGAGCACUGAAAGAGCUGUUUCAUGAAGCUAGAGAGAGAGCAUCCAAAGCUCUUGGCUUUGCCAAGAGGUUAAGGAAGGAUCUUGAAAUAGCAGCAGAGUUCACAUUGUCGGCUUCUGUGAGAGAGUUUCUCAGUGCCCUCAAAGCACAACAGUACAUGAAGGUACAAAUCCCUGGACUUGAAAAUUUACAGAUCUUUGUGCCAGAUAACCUUGUGGGGGAAAAACCUAUUAUCUUGCAGUUGCUGAAUACAGCUGCAGGAAAAGACUGUUCAAAAGACUCCGAUGAAGUUGCAAGUGAACCAUUUUUACUUAUGACAAAAUACAGUGAAAAAGAUGAUGAAGUUAUUGACAGCUGGAGCAUUUGGGAAGGGCAGCCUAUUAAAAUAGUCCCUCAGGUGGAAACUAUUGACACACUGAGAAGUGUGCAGGUUGAUAACCUACUCCUUGUCGUCAUGCAACCUGUUCAUCUUGUGAACCAGAGAAAAGCUUUCCAACAGGUUUUUGAAGGACUGAUCUCUCUGCAUCAGGAGCAAACAUCCAGCCAACCAGUCAUUGCUAAAGCUCUACAGCAAUUGAAGAGUGAUGCUUUGCAGCUGUGCAAUAAGAUAAGCAGUGCGCUUGACAGAGUGGAGCGCAUGUUCACAUCAGAGUUUGAUGCAGAGAUUGAUGAGUCAGAAUCAGUCACUUUGCAGCAAUAUUAUCGAGAAGCCAUGAUUCAGUGUUACAACUUCGGUUUUGAGUAUCAUAAAGAAGUCAUUCGUCUGAUGUCUGGAGAUUUCAGACAGAAAAUUGGAGACCAGUAUAUCAGUUUUGCAAGGAAGUGGAUGAAUUAUGUCCUUACAAAAUGUGAAAGUGGUCGAGGCACCAGACCCAGGUGGGCAACACAAGGUUUUGAUUUUCUUCAAGCCAUUGAGCCAGCCUUUAUUUCCGCUCUGCCAGAAGAUGACUUCUUGAGCUUACAGGCACUGAUGAAUGAAUGUAUUGGCCAUGUCAUUGGAAAGCCUCACAGUCCUGUAACAGGUUUGUACCUUGCUCUUCAUCGGAAUAGUCCCCGACCUGUGAAAGUACCUCGAUGUCAUAGUGAUCCUCCAAAUCCUCACCUCAUCAUCCCAACGCCUGAAGCAUUCAGCACAAGGAAUGUCCCAUGUGAUGUACGGAACCAUUGCAACCCUGCUCUUAGUCGCCCCGUCCCCUUCGGAGGUGACUCUGCUCAGCCAAAACCUGUCAGCUGUACAAAUGAUAUCAGAGGUUCCAGUGUUCCAGAAAAUGACCGACUAGCUUCAAUUGCUGCUGAACUACAGUUUAGGUCAUUAAGCCGCCACUCAAGUCCCACUGAAGAACGAGAAGAACCAUCUUAUCCAAAAGGGGAUUCAAGCGGAUCUGCCCGAAGAAGUUGGGAACUUCGAACUCUCAUCAGUCAGACCAAAGAUACUGCGUCCAGGCAGGGACCCAUGGAAGCAGUUCAGAAAUCUGUUCAGCUCUUUGAAGAGAAGAGAUACCGAGAAAUGAGGCGGAAAAAUAUUAUUGGCCAAGUUUGUGACACUCCAAAAUCUUAUGACAACGUAAUGCAUGUAGGUUUGAGAAAGGUGACUUUUAAGUGGCAGAGAGGAAACAAAAUUGGAGAAGGCCAGUAUGGAAAAGUCUAUACCUGUAUCAGUGUUGACACUGGUGAAUUGAUGGCCAUGAAAGAAAUAAGAUUUCAACCAAAUGAUCAUAAAACAAUCAAAGAAACUGCAGAUGAGCUGAAAAUAUUUGAAGGCAUUAAGCACCCUAACUUGGUUCGGUACUUUGGUGUAGAGCUCCAUAGGGAAGAAAUGUAUAUCUUCAUGGAAUACUGUGAUGAAGGAACUCUGGAAGAAGUGUCAAGGCUGGGCCUCCAGGAACACGUCAUUAGACUCUACACAAAGCAAAUUACAACUGCCAUCAAUGUGCUGCAUGAACACGGCAUAGUGCACCGAGACAUCAAAGGAGCAAAUAUCUUUCUCACGUCAUCAGGAUUGAUAAAGCUGGGGGAUUUUGGCUGUUCAGUAAAAUUAAAAAAUAAUACACAGACAAUGCCUGGUGAAGUGAACAGUACACUUGGGACUGCAGCAUACAUGGCUCCUGAAGUGAUAACUAGAGCUAAAGGAGAAGGUCAUGGGCGUGCGGCUGACAUCUGGAGUCUAGGCUGUGUUGUGAUUGAAAUGGUCACAGGGAAGAGGCCCUGGCAUGAAUUUGAGCACAACUUCCAGAUCAUGUAUAGAGUAGGGAUGGGGCAUAAACCUCCCAUACCUGAAAGGAUAAGUCCAGAAGGGAAGGACUUUCUUUCUCAUUGCCUGGAAAGUGAUCCAAAGAUGAGAUGGACUGCUAGCCAGCUCCUCGAUCAUCCAUUUGUCAAGGUGUGCACAGAUGAAGAAUGAAGGUAUAUGCAACACGUGGCCUCUAGUACUCUAGUAGUGAAAUCUCUCUUAAUCGCUACCGUAUGUAAUAUUUACAUAAAGACUGUUGAACAGUGUACAAACUCAAAAACUAACCCUGACUGAAGACUGCACAAGUGAUCCAGUCACUUCUUUUGCUGCUCUUGUAUGUUUCCCUUGGCACACGUUGCUUCCGUGACAGCGCCCACAAUUUUAAAGAAGCUGCAUGUUUCAGUGAAAGUGCCAUUACUACUGUAGAAUGGACCAUGACCGUAUUUCUGUCCCUUCUCCACCUUUUCUCAUAUGAUUGAGAGACUUGUAAUGUUAAUAUGUAGUAUUUUUGAACUUUCUCAGUUCAAAAAGAAAAAAGAAAAAAAGGUUAGUGUUUUCAGACAUUCUGGAUCUUGUUUUUAUCUCCUGUUUGUUGAGUGCACUGACUGUGAACUUCUACCUUUUUUGUUUUGUUUUUUUAUUGGCCAGGUUCAGAUUUGUUAAGCUAAGGCUGAUUGAUAAAAUUUAAAGGCUUUUUCUCAAUAAAUUGUUUAUUUUAGGA